CCCGUGUCUCCGCAGCGGUUCCUGUCGCCGCUCCAGCGCCUCCAACCCAAGCUCCCAACGCCGCCGCCUCUGUUCGCCACUCGGACCCAGCUACAGAGACCCAGCCCCGCCGCUCUCAGCGCCUCAGACGACGGUCAGCCGCAGGCGUCGGCGAGGGCACGGGUCCGGGGUCCAGGGCCCAGAGACCUCGGUCGCGGUGACCGAGCAGCUCUCCUCUCCGGCAGAGGAUUUCCUCGGUUUCCCCACUGACUGUCAUGUCAAUUGCAGGCAUCCCCAAUAGCGUCGCACAACUGAUCCACCUCCACUGUUCUCCCCCGGUUGCAUUCCUCUUUUCCCACCUAAUGGACACUGCGGAUUCGACAGCAGACCAGGGCACGAGGGAACAACUGUUCGAGGAGGCCGCUGCCCUCAUUCUGAGGGAACCUGCUCUGCGUGCGGCCCUGCAACUCCCAGGCCUGCAGCCAGUAGCCACACCAGAUCCCACAUCUCAGCCAGGUCAGCCCUGCCACGCUCAGGUUCCAGCCCCAGUCCAGUCGUGCUCUGCUCAGGUCCGAGUCGAGUCGAGUCACGUUCAGGCCUUGUCCCAGCCAGAGGGCACCAUCCGUCAAACAAGUGCUAGUCACACCCAAUCAGGCCCGACGUCUACUCCGUCGAGCUCGGCAGCUGCAAGCAGUCAUGCCGACUCCACAGCAGACAAGCAGAGGCAAAAAGCUGCAGCCAUAAAGAAAACAACCUGCACGAAAGAAAUGCAGUUCAACAAAACAGGAUGUAUUAGCAGCAGGAGUCAGUCACAGUUCAACAUCUAUUUAAACAAGAUGAAGAAGCUGAUGUUACUGCUCCUCUGUGGCCACAGUGUGUGUGGAGUUGAACACUCACUGGUGUUUUAUUUAUCGGUGUGUUCUGGAGUUUCAAACUCCACAGAUUUCAUGAUCUCAGGUGACUUUGAUGAAAUCGGGAUGGUCUACUUCGAUAACAGCAUGACAGCCCCAGAGGCAAAACAAGACUGGGUGAGAGAAUCAAUGGAAGAUGAUCCACAGCACUGGAAACAGAACGCUCUGGACAGCAUGCGCUACCAGCAGCUCCUACAAGGUGAAACCGAGGGUUUCAGGCAGAACUCCAGCCAAAGUCAAGGAUGGUUUUUCACGGCUGUUUCCCCUCGGGCGACUGUGCUGGAAUCUGACUGUCCAAUGUCUGACAAAGGUGUUCACGUUACUCAGCAAAUCCUGGGCUGUGAGUGGGAUGAUGAGACUGAGAAGGUUGAUGGCUAUAAAAGCUACGGUUAUAAUGGAGAGGACUUCAUCACAUUUGACCUGCAGACAGAGACGUGGAUCGCUGCAAACCCACAUGCUGAAAUCACUAAAAAGGAGUGGGACAACAAUGAGGUUAAUAAUGGGUUUUGGAAAACCUUCCUCACCGAUGUUUGUCCUACAUGGCUGAAGAAAUAUUGGAAGUACGCAAGCAAAGCUCUGCAAAGAAAAGCUAAUUUCACCCACACAGGUCCUCCCUCAGUGUCUCUGCUCAAGAAGUGCACCUCGUCUCCAAUCAGCUGCUUCGCUACAGGUUUCUACCCAGACAAAGCUGAGAUGUUCUGGAGGAGAGAUGGAGAACAGACCCAUGAGGACGUGGACCAUGGAGAGAUCCUCCCCAACCCUGAUGGAACCUUCCAGAUGAGGGUCCACCUGGACCUUUCAUCAGUCACAGCUCAGGACUGGAGCAGAUAUGAAUGUGUGUUUCAACUGUCUGGAAUGAAGGACGACAUCAUCACCAAACUGGACCGAGCUGGGAUCAGAACCAACUGGGGAAACACUGGCGUUAAAAGUAAUACAGAGGCCUCCAGUCGUACGACCCCCAUCGUUGUUGUACUGGUUGUUCUGUCUGUCAUCAUCAUCCUCAUCACUGCUGUUGGAGUUACCGUCCACAAAAAGAACAAAGCCAAACGUCCUUCACAUCCUCCUGAAGAAGGAUGUGAACUUGCUGAGAAUCUGAAUCCUGAUGAAUAAACGUUCAACAGUAACUGGAUACAGUGGUUUUAUGAGAAGCUGGUGAUGCUGUUUGUUACUGUGUAAUUCAUUGAUGUGGUGACAUGAGCUGAAGCUAAAGUCUCAGAUGAACUCUUUGGCAUCAAUGUCCUUAAACAAGUGGAUCCUGAAAUGUGUGAGAGCUGCAGGACGUCCAGGAUGAGCCACCGAGCAGCUUUGUUAGUCCUUUAUCUCUAAAUGUGUCUUAUUGAAAAUCACUACAAAUCAAGUCCAUUAAAACUGAGACAGAGAGAAUGAAGUUUAAAACAGAAAUGAAGAGACACAUAAAAAAGACUUAUUUAAAUAUGAAAAGUGUUUAAAUGUGGCGACACAAACUUUUGAUAUUUUUAUAAAUCCUUGUUUUUGAAUCCAUGAUUCUUGAUGUUGUUGUAAAUUGUGAAUGUUUACUGUGUUCUCUUUGACUAGUCUUUGUCCGUUAAUAUGGAUAAAGUGUCAGUUCUUAAAACUCUAAAACAUG